GACUGUCCCCAGCCCCGUGCCCGGCAACGAUGCUCAUGAGGAAAGUGCCCGGCUUCGUCCCGGCCUCCCCGUGGGGGCUGCGGCUGCCGCAGAAGUUCCUCUUCCUUCUCUUCCUCUCCGGCCUCGUCACCCUGUGCUUCGGGGCCCUGUUCCUGCUGCCCAACUCCUCUCGCCUCAAGCGCCUCUUCCUGGCCCCCCGGAUCCAGCAGCCCGGCCUGGAGGCAGUGGCCCAAGUCGCCGGCCACCCCGUGACCCGCGAGCAGGAGUCGCCUCCGAACCCGGCCCCCGCGGCUCCAGCCCCGGGUGAGGACGACCCCAGGAGCCAAGCCAGUCCCCGCCGCGGGAAAGGGUGGCUGCGGCGCACCCGCCCCACCGGGCCGCGGGAGGAGGCCACGGCGGCCCGGGGCAGCAGCGCCACGGCCCUCAGACCGCAGGAGGGGAGCAUCUCCUCUAGCUUUGACUUCAACGCCUUCCGAAGCCGCCUCCGCCACCCGGUCCUGGGCACUACGGCCGACAAGAGUAAGGAGCCCCAGAGCCUAGUUCAAAGCCAGCGGGAGAAAAUCAAGGAGAUGAUGCAGUUCGCCUGGCAGAGCUACAAGCGCUAUGCGAUGGGGAAAAACGAGCUCCGGCCCCUCACAAGAGACGGCUACGAGGGCAACAUGUUCGGAGGCCUCAGUGGGGCAACGGUCAUUGAUUCCCUCGACACCCUCUACCUCAUGGAGCUGAAGGAGGAGUUCCAGGAGGCCAAGGCCUGGGUGGAAGAGAGCUUCCACCUGAACGUGAGUGGAGAAGCAUCCUUGUUCGAAGUGAACAUCCGGUACAUCGGAGGACUUCUCUCGGCCUUCUACCUGACGGGAGAGGAGGUGUUCCGAAUAAAGGCCAUCAAGCUGGGGGAGAAACUCCUGCCGGCCUUCGAAACCCCCACCGGAAUCCCAAAAGGCGUGGUGAACUUCAAAAGCGGCUCCAACAGGAGCUGGGGCUGGGCCAUGGCAGGGGGCAGCAGCAUCCUGGCAGAGUUUGGAUCCCUGCACUUGGAGUUCUUACACCUCACCCAGCUCUCUGGCAACCAGGUCUUCGCAGAAAAGGUCAGGAACAUCCGAAAGGUCCUUAGGGAUAUUGACAAGCCCUUCGGCCUCUACCCCAACUUCCUCAGCCCGGUGAGCGGGAACUGGAUGCAACACCAUGUCUCGGUUGGAGGACUCGGGGACAGUUUUUACGAAUAUUUGAUCAAAUCCUGGCUGAUGUCGGCCAAGACAGAUAUGGAGGCUAAAGAUAUGUACUACGAAGCCUUGGAGGCAAUAGAGACCCACUUGCUGAAUGUCUCUCCCGGGGGGCUGACCUACAUUGCUGAGUGGCGAGGGGGGAUUCUGGACCACAAGAUGGGGCACCUGGCCUGUUUCUCCGGGGGCAUGAUCGCCCUCGGCGCUGAGGAUGCCAAGGAAGAAAAGAGGGCCCACUACCGAGAGCUCGCAGCCCAGAUCACCAAGACGUGCCACGAAUCGUACGCCCGCUCAGAUACCAAACUGGGGCCCGAAGCCUUCUGGUUUAACUCAGGCAGAGAGGCCGUGGCCACGCAGACGAGCGAGAGCUACUACAUCCUGCGGCCCGAGGUGGUGGAGAGUUACAUGUACCUGUGGCGGCAGACCCACGACCCCAUCUACAGGGAGUGGGGCUGGGAAGUGGUGAUGGCCCUGGAGAAAUACUGUCGGACGGAAGCCGGGUUCUCUGGGAUCCAAGACGUAUACAGUAAGGUUCCCGACCACGACAACAAGCAGCAGACUUUCUUUCUAGCGGAGACACUAAAGUAUCUCUAUCUUCUGUUCUCUGAAGAUGACAUGCUCUCGCUGGAAGACUGGGUGUUCAACACGGAGGCCCACCCGCUCCCCGUGAGCCACCCGGACAGCUCUGGCAGGGGCGGGGCCUGACUCCCACCACCCGUCGCCUUGUGCUCCAGGACCACCUUUACGGGAUCUGGGGCUGUUCUCAAACGGAUUGGAGAUGUGGGCCCCUGCCUGGCGGACCCGGCAGAUGUGUUGGACGAGCAACUUCUUUUCCUCUGUGAGGAGACAGGACUCGGAGACACAGCGAUGUCACACCAGGCCCAGACGUUCCUUUCCACGGAGAAUGUCUAUGAAACCUGCUCACUUGCCAUUCCAGGGCCAAAGCACCGGAGGUUUGCCUUGCAGCCUCGUGGAUUUGAUUCACUUCCUUUCGUUUUGGAGGUUUUUUGGUUUUUGCUUGAUUUUGCCUUUUCUCUACAGUUGUGUUUUCUCACAGAUUUUAAAUAUAGUUUUCAAAAUCAUGUGCUUUCAGAAAUGGUGUCCUCCAAUAAACUAAACCUUAAAGUGUUUGCACACACACACACAAAACCUUGACCCCAUUUUCUAUAUUUUGAAUUCCUUUUGCCCAACGUUUACUAUAUGUUCAAUUAUGUGUCAUUUACCUUAUAAUUUGAGGAGGGGUUCCCCUUUGAUUUGGGCCUAAGUGUUACGAAUCACUAGUGCUGUUUUCAGUAUUGUAAUGGAAAAUUCUGUAAAGUUACAAUAAAGGAGUUUAUUGAAUAAGAAA